AAAUUACACCCGCCUUUUCUCCUCCCUUCCCUCCCAUCUACCUUCAUCAUCACUGCCCCCACCAUGUGACUUUCUCUCUAUUUCUGUGGUAUUCCUCUCUCCUCAGGUCGGUAGAACCCUAGUAAGCUAAGCACAAUGCUUAACUGAUUCUAACAGUAGCCACACAUGCUCUGUGUUAUUAGUGUUUGGUUCUUGUGCUGAGAUUUGGGGUUCUACUGAUAAUCCUUAAAUGGCGGGUUGGCCUAUUACCCAUGUGUGCUGAGUGUUCUUCUUGCCGGGAAUUCGUAAUGAAGGCGGCUUCCACUAAUGGGUGUUCGUUUUUCUUGCUCUUCUUCGCCAUAUUGGUUACCUCAAUAUCAGCUUCGUCUCCAAGUGGCUCGUCCGGCCAUUCCAUCAAGUUUAUUCUAGGAGGAGAUAAUUUGGGUCCAUGGAAGAACGAAAUCGAACAAGCGGCUCUCGCACCAGGGCCUGAAACUGAUUCGCAUCAGGGCACUCUUGUAUUGGCGGCAAACCGGACCAGAAGACCCGAUAUUCUAAGGCAUUUUCGACAGUACAGAGGUGGUUGGGACAUCACAAAUCAGCAUUAUUGGGCCUCGGUUGGAUUCACCGGUGCUGCUGGUUUCAUUCUUGCCGUACUAUGGUUUAUUUCUUUUGGUUUGGCGCUUAUAAUUCAUCUAUGCUGUGGAUGGGGGAUCAACAUCAAUGACGAAGGAUCAAAUCAUUCACAAAGAAUAUGUCUUAUAUUGCUCAUACUAUUUACCUGUGCUGCAGCGACUGGAUGUAUCUUACUUUCUGUAGGGCAGGAUAAGUUUCAUGGCGAGGCAUUACAUACUCUCCACUAUGUUGUAAAUCAGUCAGACUUCACUGUGCAAACUUUGAGGAAUGUCACAGGAUAUCUUUCUCUUGCAAAGACUAUCAAUGUUACCCAGAUCCUUCUUCCAUCUGAUGUCAUGGACGAUAUUGACAGUAUAAAUGCAGACUUAAAUACUGCAGCAGAUACACUAUCUGAAAAGACAAAUGAAAAUUCUGUUAGAAUAAGAAGAGUAUUCAGUGCUGUGCGCUCGGCUUUGAUUGUUGUGGCUGCAGUUAUGCUUCUCUUGGCUCUGAUUGGAUUAUGUUUGUCUAUCCUUGGACAUCAACAUGCCAUCCUCAUAUUUGUUAUCAGUGGAUGGUUACUGGUUGCAAUUACUUUCAUUCUCUGUGGAGUUUUCAUGAUCCUUAAUAAUGCAAUUUCUGAUACCUGUAUGGCUAUGGGAGAAUGGGUGGGGAAUCCACAUGCAGAAUCUGCUCUUAGCAACAUCCUUCCAUGUGUUGAUCAGAGAACCACCAACAGGACACUUUUUCGGAGUAAACAAGUGGUCACUGAUAUCGUAAAUGUUGUUAAUCAGUUCAUAUAUACUAGUGCAAAUGCGAAUCCCAGACCAGGCAAUUCGAAUUAUUACAAUCAGUCUGGACCAAAAAUGCCGCCCUUGUGCUACCCUUUUGAUUCUCAGUUACGAGAGCGUGAGUGUACGACCCAAGAAGUUUCCUCAACAAAUGCUUCACUGGUUUGGAAGAAAUUUGAAUGUGAAGUAUCUGCACUUGGACACUGCAUGACCACUGGCAGGGUGACUCCGGAGGUUUACUCGCAGUUGGUGGCUGCGGUUAAUGAAAGCUAUGCGUUAGAGCACUAUGCUCCGCCUCUGCUCAGCCUUCAGAAUUGUGAUUUUGUGAGGAACACAUUCCAAGAGAUCACUUCAAGUUUCUGCCCUCCAUUGAACCAUUAUCUGGAGAUCAUCAAUGCAGGGCUGGGUCUCAUUUCAGUUGGUGUCUUGCUGUGCCUGGUUCUCUGGACACUCUAUGCGAACCGCCCCCAAAAGGAGGAAGUGUUUGUGAAGUUUUCCUUGCCAGAAAAGCUGAAGAAUAGAUUCAGCAAGAACCGCAAUAACUCAAAACCAGCUUCAUCUGUUGUAUCAAGUGGGGUGUAGGUUGUGCUAUAGGAAAAUAGUUAGAAGUAUAUGAAUAGUGUUUUACUUCCCCUCUGUCAAGGGUUAUAAUAUAAUGAAAGAAAGGUGGGGCGAAGCUCCAGCUUUGGAGUUGGAAGAUUACAGGCAAACGCUAGUGUAUUAUACAUAAAGGAAAAGCAAUUUGGUUUGUUAAUCUAGACGUGGUUCAGCUCUCUAA